AUGCCAGCAGUACAUGACCGCGGCGGUUGGCCUGAUGACACGCCCAUCGCCCGCGAGGAGCACAUCCUCAGCGACUGGGAACGGCGCGUUGAUGCCGUGCAUCAGGCACUGGGAGCGCAGGGCAUCCGCACCACCGAUGAGAUGCGACGCGCCAUCGAGAGCCUGCCGCCCGAGCGUUAUGAGGCCCUGUCCUACUACGAAAAGUGGACAGCCGCCCUGGAAAUCCUGCUCAUAGAGAAGGGCAUCCUGUCCGCCGACGAAAUCGACGCCAAAACCGCCCAGCUGCGCGAGCAGGGUUUGUAG